AUGCUCUUGUGGGUUUGGUGGAGAGCUGUGGGGUGUUGGGUCACAUUGGCUCUCAGCAUCUUCCAUUGCACCACUUUAAAACGCCGGCAUGUUGCUUUUGGACUUCUGGCUCAGCGACAAGAGCGGAGGCGGGUUUGGAUUGUUCUGGCUGUGGUAUGGGGUGCCAACCUGGCAUUCUCUCUUCCGGCGCUUUUUUACACCACUCAUGUGACGGGUAACGCCACGGUCGAGCUCAUGGUCAUCAGCUGCACAACCAGACCUCUUCUUGGCUGCAUCUGGGAGUUCCCCUCAGACCAGGAAGGUUCAGCUUUUGCAUCUGCGUCACUGGCCCUCAACGAAGUCUUGCCGUUGGUUUUGAUGAUUUGUACAAACCUGGUGACUCUGCAUGCACUAGCCAAGCACAUCCGAGCGGUGACAGCUGGAGGAGGGAGCCAAGGCGACCUGAGCAAACAUGUGUCCAGUGAACGUAAGGCUGGGCACGUGAUUAUGUCUUUGGUGGCACUCUUUGUGGGGUGUUGGGUUUUGCAGGUGGCAGCUGUGACCUACUACAACCACGACAGAGGGCACCAUGCAGAGGGGUUGCUUACUGUGGCACACUACUCUGCUUCUCUGUUUGUCGGGUUCAGUCCCCUGGUGGUGGCUCUGGGGCAUGUGAAACUAAGGAGAAAGAUUGUAGGAUUGAUACUGCGUAGGAUGGAAGAGCUAAAAUGCUGGAAAGAAUCAAAGAUGCAGGAAGAGCAAGGCCCCAAUUUCAUCAUACACUUGAUGUCAAUCUCAAAGGUGGAGUCCUUUGACAGAUUGAGAUAA